UGUCCCCUCCCCCUUCUCUCUUUUCCUUCUCUUUCUUCUUCAGAGAGGAGGAGAGUGAGAGAGAGGGAGAGGGACGGAUGGAGACGACGGUCUGCUGGUUGAUGUGUAUAAAAGGGAAAGCCUGUGGCCUUUGGAGCCAUACAAUGAUCAGAAACCGAUAGCGAGAAGAGAAGAGGAACAGGGCUCAGUGAGUGGUAGUUGGAGCUCAGUGGCACUUCAGUUCUUGAGUCACUUCUCUGACAUCUAGUAAUUGAGAGGUCCGGCGAAGAGGAAGAAGAAACAGAGCAAGAAAGGGAUCGCCACAAUGCCGAUGGAGCAGGCCUUCAUGCACUGCGACAAAGACACCCUCAAGAUGGCCAUGCUCAAGCACGAGGAGACUUUCAGGCAGCAGGUUCACGAUCUCCAUCGCCUAUACAGAAUUCAGAAGCUUCUGAUGCGGGACCUCAAGAGGGAGAUCAAGAGCCAGCAGAGCGGCCUGUCCGCCUCCCCCAACGGCUCCCCGGGCGCCGAGUACGACCACCACCGCAGGGCGAGCGCGCUCGACGCGUCCUCCUACGAGCAACAGUGGCAGUACGGCGCCACCCGCCGCGGCAGCCACGCGGCGGCGACUCCUCGCGCCGCGCAGGCGCAGCUGAGCCCGGAGGCGACCGACGACGAGGAGGCGGAGCUGGAGCUCACGCUCGCCGUGGGCAGCGGCGGCAAGAAACGGUACAGCGACGGGCACUGCUCCCCCGGGGAGAGCUUCUCGUCGUCCACGACGGAGUCGGACACGCUCACGGGCGGCCAGGACUGGCAGCAGGCGCAGGCGCAGCACCAGCUGGUCGGCACUGGCGCAGGCGCGGGCUCGCCCUACCACAAGCGGAGGCCGGCAGGGUUCGGCGCGGAGCAGGUGGAGGACGGCGGGGUGCAGCAGCCUUCUCCGCUGCUGUUCCACUGGCUCAGCCUACGGAUGGCAUGAAGCUAGCCAUGGAAUGGAAGGAAACCGACUGGCGUAGCUAGUGGCAGUCAGUUUGACUCCUGUUUGUUGAGCUGUAGUAGGAGUACUGCUAUGUUUCUGUGCUUUCAGCUUAGUCUUGGAUCAAGCUAAUCUAAAAAUAAUUAACAUGUCGUUGAGCGUAAUGUAGGAGCCACUUUCCACAGUUAGCUUUCCAGGCGAAGCUAAGCAUGGUUGGCUCUCAGUGCAAGUAGUUUAAUUUUGGUUUGCUUUUGUGAGUGGGUGACUUUGUCUGUUAUUUUAAGGGGCAGUCUUUGGGUAUGAAAUCAAAUUCACAAGAACUAA